CAACAGUCGGAAUUUAGCGGGUCUUGCGCGUCAGCGUGGGAGAACGUCGCGCUGAUUCCGCCCGACGCCGCGGCCGAGGGGAGCUGCGUCUCGUAGUGCGUGUGAAACCGUUGCAUUUGUUUUCUUUUACCCAGAGCUAGUGCACGGCACGGACUGACGAGGCCCCAUCCUACCUUGCCAGCUUCGACGAGGUGACAAUGUACUGCUGCAACGCUGUCGGCGGCACGCUUCUUAACGCGACCGUGACGGGCGCGUUUGCGCGGCGCCAGCACGCGGAUGACGCGGCCGGCUCACCUUCUAUGGCAGCGUCAUCUGGCAAGGGCGAAUUGUCCACGUCCUCCCCAGCACCGAGCUCAGUGGCCGUCGCGUCUCACGACGCCAAAGAAGCGGCAUUGGCGACGGCUGCGACGACGACGGUCACGCGCACGGCGCGGGCUGCGAGCUCGUCUGGCGGCGCCGUGGACGGGAUGCGGCCGGGGGUGAGCUUCGCGACGUGCUCGACGAGCAACUACCGCGACAUGCUCGCGUGCUACGACAUGAUCGCCGGGGACUACUGCAAGAAUCACGAGAUCAGUCCCGUCGGGCUGUGCAGUACCAACUCGACGGACACGAGUAGGGACCCCGGCGACGGCGUCUCAUCCUCUUCUUCAUCGUCCGCGUCUUCACUGGCGGGGGAAGCAGGUGCGACCAGACAGGCAUCUGGCGCAGCGCUGGCAGCGCGGCAGCAGCGGCUGCUCAAUGUCGCUUUUGGCGGUAGGCGCGGGGAUGGGACGGUGCGGCGGGCAGGCGCCGGCGCCCCGGACGCGGCGGCAAGCAUGGUCCGCAUGCUGCUGCUUCUGAUGUGCUCUUCGGCGCUGCUGCCUGCCCUGCUUGGGUCGUCGAGUCUGCGCUUUGCCUAGCCCUGGUCUUGAUGGCAGAGCAGUCUUUUGCAACGCACGCAACACGCAAGUUCUACGAGGGGCCCCCUUUUUCCUUUUCUUUCCUUUGGACUGCCAUGCGUCUGUACAGUGCAGGAAUAAUCUCUUUCAGCAUGGCCGGCAUAUCGCGGGCCCUCUGG